CAAUUAUUUACUUGUAUUGCCAACCAAACAAAGCAGUAAAAAGUGACUUUGGUACGUGGCACGGGUCACCUGCAUUUAUCUGUUGUCCCAGGGAAGUACCGGAUGUUGACACUCAACUAUAACAAGGGGAGAUAAGUGUCCACCGUCGCUUAGCCUAUAAAAGCAGACGACCAAAAACAGGUUAACCUCAGAUCGGAUCCAAACUUGGCCAUGCCGUGGCCCACUGUUAACACCGGCGGUCUGUUGGCCACAUUUUGUGGUCUACUGGCCGCCGUCCAGGCAGGUGUAAUGAUGGUGAGUUGUUGUUUCUCCUCCAGUUAAACAUAUUGUUUUCUGCCUCAAGAUCACAAUGCAUUCUUUCAUAUUUUGGCCGGAAGACAGGUAAAUUCGUUGUAUACUUCAAUGUUUCUGAAUGCACUGGAAUAUACCACACUUAUACUUCACUGAGAUGUCAUCACUUGCAAGAAUCGCUUGAAAUUUGAAGUCAGCUAUCAUCUUUAAAGUAAAAAUUAUUCUCAUUUUUUUUUUUAAAGAAAUAAAAUAAAAAGAUGGCAUCUUGAUUUAAAUUUCUUUUCAUAUUUUGAGAUAUUAACGUACAUUUACUAAAAGGGAAACGGUAAUCAGAAGAACCUCCCAGAACAGAAACAUGCGUAUAUAGAAGCUAAUACUUUUCAAAAGAAGUUAUCUAAUUAUCUUGUAUCACACAACACCCAACUAACGACAAGAGAAAUGUGAUCAAUAAUUGUUACUGAAACGUUCUAUUUAAACGAAACCCAUUUGUAAAAACAAAGACUAUUCAAAGGAUUUAAUUAAAGCUAAGUCUAAUGCGCACAAUUAUAAUAAAUUACCUUGUGACAAUGGUCCUACUUCUGGCUUUGUAAGGUUACAUAAGUUAUAGUUAUAAUAUAAUGAGCUUUUAAGUUCAAGGCCGUCGGCCGUACACAUUUGCUCAGAGGUGGCCAUAUCAAAAUUUAUGCUAUUUAAAAAAUAGAACAGUGUACACACACACACACACUCACUAUCUCUCUCACUCUCUCACACACACACAAACACACACAUACACACACCAACUCCGGCCUAAGGAAAACUUUCCCCCUGUGCGAAUCACCCGUUCGGCGCCCCCUGUCCCUGUAUGGCCCCGCUCUUUUUCAGAUUACGACGCAGGCUAUGGAGCACGUGUUAUGAUGCUUUACAUGCAGCUAACCAUACGCAUUUUAACAUGAACAUUAAUUUAGACUGUUAAGUUUUUCUACGGUACUUCACGCUUCACUAUAAUAAACUAAGGGAAUUUAAAUAUUUACUGGGUGCCCCAGGCGCCCUUAUGGCCACGGCGCCCUGUGCGAGGGCACAGUUCGCACACUCUAAAGGCCGGCGUUGCACAUACACACACAAUUAUCAAAUAGUUCCAGAUGUCAUUUACCCACCUCUGGUCCCAUCUCCCCAUAGUUAUGGGCCUCCAAUAAAAUAUAAUGUCCAUCGUCCACAGGACUGUAACCAACCAGCCAAUGACAACCGCACAAUCUACGACUAUUCUUUGAUGGACGUUCACAACAUCAGGACGAUCAGCCUUAAUGAUUACAAAGGAAAGGUAACCCUCAAUUCAAUUUUUAAAAAAAAAUCAAUUGUCAAAUCAUGUGAAGGGGAAAAAAACAAAACAGUUGGUAGGACUCGUGUGUUCAAGCAAUGUGUUAUGUUAACACCCUUUGAACAUCUCAGAUGAUCAAAUCUAAUUUCUAUGGGAUAUUCCACAUAUAUAUUUUGUUGUGUAGUUUUUAUUGUAGGCAUCUUCCCUUCUAUGUUAUGCAACAAAAAAAUGUAACAAUAUGACUUGCUAUCCAAUAAUAAGCUUCAACGUUGACAACUUCUCAACACCAACACAAUUCAAGAGUUAUUUGUGGCAAAGUUACACAGCCAGAUUACCUUGCCCAAAAUGUAUGUAGUCAUUUUUUGUGUGUUCGUUUCUCUUCACUCCUGUGCAGGUUGUCCUGAUUGUGAACGUGGCCACGUACUGAGGCCUGACCCCCCAUUACUACGGAAUGAAUGCACUCAAUUCCCAGUAUGGCAGUCAAGGCUUCGUCGUCCUAGGCUUCCCUUGCAACAACUUCAACAAGGUCAGUCAUUCAUUUUGUAUGAAGAUAACUUUGCACCUACGUAGGCGGAAACGCGGCUUAAAAAAUAUUAACAAUAAAAUCUUAUUACAAACGCACUUUGCUUUGGUCAGGCAAACUUAAACACAUCUUCAUCUAUCAAAUUUUAAACUUGCAACAUCUUAAUGACAAAAAAAGUCAAUUAAUUAGGCCUGAUAUGUUGUUUACAUUGUGUUUCAUACAUCGCUAUGUUCCCAACGAUUUAUUCUGUGUUAAUGCAGACAAAUUCUCCAUCAUUACCAAUGUUGGCAUAAUAUUCUAAACCUUAAUCUAAACGUGUCUAUCUGUUGUUUCCAGCAAGAGCCAGGAGCUAACGGGACAGAGAUCCUCAACGGGGUGAAAUAUGUUCGUCCCGGAGGUGGAUUCGUCCCGAACUUUCAACUCUUUGAAAAGAUUGAUGUGAAUGGCGCCAGUGAGCAUAAACUCUUCACUUAUCUCAAGGUCAGUGCAAAUGUUAUUCACUUACCUCAAUGUCAGUUCAAAUAUUAUUCACUUACCUCAAGGUCAGUUCAAAUAUUCUUCACUAACCUCAAGGCCAGUUCAAUUAUUAUAAAAUUACCUCAAGGUCAGUUCAAAUAUUCUUCACUUACCUCAAGGUCAGUUUAAAUAUUCUUCACGACCUCCUUACCCCAAGGUCAAUUAUAAAACAUAAUUCUUUUUAUGAAGUCGUUCUGCCAAGUCUCUAAUUUGGCAGUUUUAUAGCUAAAUAAUCGUUGGAUAUGCUGUUUUGUGUUGUGUUAACUUACCGGAUGCUUCUAGCUUCUAAACCAAUUUGUCAGCUAGAAUUUGUGUUGCCUGAUGAGGCCCUUGAGUUUGCACCCAUCACUUAGAAAAACCACGAAACAUACAGAGUAUCACAUUAAGCUAGAUCCAUAUAUAAUUUACGUAGCUGACCCAAAAUGCCACCCCCCCCUCUAUUUUUUCCGCCCAUGAAAAAUGCGCUUGCGCCGAUUUCUUCCCCCCCCCCUCCCCGCCCGCGCUUCAUACGCUACUGUUGAUAACGAAGUGGCGGUGAAUCUGAACUCUGAAUCACAAAACUAUUUUAAAUGAAUGUUUUAAAUUGCCAAACUAGAAAUAUGAUUGAAAAUUGCUGUCAAAAUAAACUAAAACUUCGCAAACAAUGUUUAGUGCACUGCAGGCCCACAGCGUGACAUUGUAGGCCCAUGCAGAUAACCUUAUAACAUGAUAACCUUACUAUGUAUUAAUCAAUCUUGUGACUGUCGGAUAACAUUCUGCGAGAGAUAGUAAUCUCUGCACAAAACGAAUCAACAGCUUCUUUAAUCUGAUUCCCAAUCUUUUCUGAUUAAAAAAAUAUCCAGACCAUAAUAUUAAUUUUAAGACACUUGACCCCAACAGCAUUUAAAAAAAAAAAAAAAGAGCUUCUACUUAACGAUACUUGAGUGUUCUGACUCCUUUUUUUGGAGACGUGGUUAGCAAUUGAUGAGUGUUAAAAAUAUCCAUUUGUUCGUGAGUUGAUGCCAGGGUUUAAAAGAGAGAAAGUUAAAGGGGGGGGGGGUGGAUAUUUAGGUCAGUUGAUCUUUUUAGGAAGCAGUCAAUUAGUUGUUAUUAUCGGUAGUUGCAUUAAGUGGGUAACUUUCGGUAUUAGAGUAAACAUACAUUUAUUUCGAAACGAAAAAUAAAAGGGGAAAAAAAGCGUUUGAGAAGAUGUUGCAUUUAUGUGACUUUGUGUCUAAUUUAUAAAAGAAGAUUUGUCUUUAAAAAAAAAACGUUUUCCAUUUACUUCUCUCAGGAGACACUGAUACAUUUCCCUUCCUUCUCUCAGAAGACACGGAUACAUUUCCCUUCCUUCUCUCAGGAGACACUGAUACAUUUCCCUUCCUUCUCUCAGGACACACUGACACAUUUCCCUUCCCACCCAAUGUUCACCUCAUUAUUAGGCUAGCACUAACAGUAGAGACAAUUGCAUACAUUCAGAGACAAUACAUGUCGGUGUUUAUAAAUAAAUGUGUUUACAUUAGCAUACACUUUUUUUUUUUAAACUCUUUGUUUUUCUUUGGUUUUGUUCCAGAGCAACUGCCCGCCCACCACAACGACGUUCAACACACCCCUCCUCUUCUACGCCCCCAUCAGGUCCAGUGACGUGGCCUGGAACUGGGAGUCGUUCCUGGUGGGUUAUGACGGACGCGUCGUCAAGAGGACGCCCCCGGCCACCGACCCGUUCGCCCUGGCCGCAGACAUCGAGUCAGAGCUGGCACGUGCGCGCGCAGCUGGCGUCAGCCCAAUCAUUGGUUAGCUUCAGGAUACAUGGAGUUUCCUGUUCAGUUUUAUCGGCUUAUCUCCUCCAAACUUUUUUCUAACAUGACCUCAAAUAAAACAUUUUAAAAAAUUAAAAUAUUUAGUAAAAUAACUUAAAGCCGGACACGCUAUAAGAAAUACGCAACUGAAAACUUGGUUUGGAAAUUUAAUUUUGAAUUUUUAAAAAAAAAAAAAACUGAAAAUAUUCCUGUUUAGUCUAGUCUAUAUAAUAAAUAUAGCAUUUAAAGAAUAUGUUUCAAAAAAAAGUUCCAACAGAUUCGAAAAUAGGCCAAUUAAACCUGAAUUUGGUCUGGAAACCACCACGUUGUAUCAGUUGUUAAACCAGGCAAAGAGCUCCGUUAGACGGACGUGUGUAUUUAAUUCUUGUAACUUCAAAAUGACACACACAAAUAAUGAGAACAAUAUGUUGAUUUUUAAAUUAUCUUAGAGACCUAACACACAAUGAACAAAUCAAGAUGUGAGGUAAACAAGUUUGAUAGUUUUAAAGCAGCCACCUUUUCAAGUAAGGUUUUAUUUGACAGUUUGGCUUUCUGCGUUUUAUGUGUUGCAGCUCUUCUAAACUCUGCUUGCGUCGUUUCCAGGAAAAGAUUAUGACGUGCUUUCUAUAAACAGCCAUUAUUGGUUGCUAGACUGCGCCGACUCAUCUCCGACGUCACGAUGACUUUGUGCAUUCGUCACGUGACUGAGGUGAUGACUUUUUCAGCCAAUGAGAAGCGUUGCAUCCAGAGCUUUGUCGUAAGAUCCAUUGUCCAUGAUUUGAUAAUGCUAUAUUCUCAAAGAAGCGGGUGAAUUUACUGACCAACAACACGAAACAACGACGCUCUCUCUCUCUCUAUAUUCUAUUUUAACCGCCAUGACAUAAAAGACUAAGUACAAAAUCUCUCGGUGUCUGACAGAUUGUCGGCUUAUUUGCCCCAUGUCUUGAUGUAAAUGUAAUGUGUGUAUUGAAAAAUUAUGUAAUAAAAUAAAUUUUAUAAUA